UUGAAAUACACCACUUCUGUGUGUUUCACAGGUUGAUGCUGUCAUCAGGCUCUUCCGAAUAAUCCCCAUGGCCUCCAAAAACACUGUAAGCGGCGACGACCGCUUCUCGAAGGUCCACAAGGACCCUCGCUUCUGGGAGAUGCCCAGCAGAGAGCACAAAGUCAAAAUCGACAAGCGCUUCAAGUCCAUGUUCCACGACGAACGCUUUAAACUCAAGUAUACGGUCGAUAAACGCGGCCGACCCGUCAACCAGACGUCCACCGAGGACCUCAAGCGCUUCUACAAUCUCUCUGACUCCGAGCAGUCGGACGAAGAAGAGGAGAGCGAGGAGACGGAAAAGCCCAAGAAGGAAAAGAAAGUGAAAAAGGCUGAUGAGCAACCUCAGGAUGAGGGUGAAGACGAGAGCGAUGAAUCUGAAGAGGAGGCAGACGCCGAGAAGAUCCCGAAGACAAAAGAAGCUAAGAAAACCAAAGAGCCGCUGGUAAAGGGAGUGAGAGUGUUUGAAGAAGAUGAGGACGAGGAUGAGGAAGAUGAUGGCGUGGAAGAGAGUGAGGAUGAGGAGGAGGCUGAUGAAGAUGACGAGAGCGAGUCAGGUGAUGACAGCGACAGUGGACCCGAUCUGGCUCGAGGGAAGGGUAACAUUGAGACCAGCUCUGAUGAAGAUGACGAUGAUGAUGAGGAUGAGCUGGAGGACUAUCUGCGGCGUGAGGAAGAGGAGAUCGAGCAUGACUGGGGAGAGAUGUGGAAAGAUGCUCCACGCAGUGACAACACGUCCCGACGUUUAACAUCUUCUAGCUUUAUAUUCACUCUGAAUGGUUUUCAAGGAUCAUUUGAUCUAUUUAGUUUCGCUCAGAGGAAGCGUGGUUUUAACCAGUGUGUUUUCAGGAUCUACCGAGAGAAAGUGCGAGACUAUCAGUUCAAGCGUCUGAGGUAUUACUACGCCGUGGUGGAGUGCGACUCGGUCGAAACCGCAGCAAAGAUUUAUGAGGAGUGUGACGGCUAUGAGUACGAGAGCAGCUGCUCAAUGAUCGACCUGCGGUUCAUCCCUGAUGAUGUGACGUUUGACGACGAGCCGAAAGAUAGAGCCACUGAUGUGGAUUAUAGUUCCUACAAGCCUAAACUCUUCACAUCGACGGCCACCACCACAGCCAAGGUGGAGCUGACGUGGGAUGAAACGGAUCACGACCGGGUCACGGCUCUCUGCAGGAAGUUCAAUAAAAUAAGAAUGUUGGACAUGGACUUCAAGGCUUACCUGGCCUCCUCCAGUGAGGAAGAGGAGGAUGAGGAACAGACAGAAGCUGAGAAGCCCGCUGAGCCUCUUCCUGAGGAGAAAAGGUGCAGUAAAGAGAAGAAGAGCACAGAGCAGAUCGCUAAAUACAGAGAACUACUGAAGAGCAUUCAGGACAAAGACAAGGAGAAGGAUGACAGCAUGGAUAUGGAGGUCACAUGGGUACCAGGACUGAAGGAAACAACUGAGAAGCUUGUGAAGAAGAAAAUGGAGGGCAAAGAUCAGCUGACUCCGUGGGAGCAGUACCUGCAGAAGAGGAAGGAGAAAAAGAAAGAGAAAAGGAAAGGAAAGAAGGAAGCAGAGGAGGCGGAGCCUGUGAUCAGUGAUGAUGAACUUCCUGCUGAUGUUGACCUCAGUGACCCCUUCUUCAAAGAGGAGCUCGGCUCGACAGCAUCCCUGAAAAACAAAAAGAACAGGAAGAAGAAUGAAGAGAGGACACCCGAAGAACAGGAAGAGCUGGAGAGACGGAGGGCUGAGAUGGAGCUGCUGAUGGACGACGAAGACGACGACAAGCACAAACAUUUCAACUACGACAAGAUCGUAGAGCAGCAGAACCUGAGCAAGAAGAAGAGGAAGAAGCUCCUGAAGAGCAACACGGCACUAGAGGAGGACGACUUCCAGGUGGACGUUCACGACUCGCGCUUCCAGGCCGUGUUCACUUCCCAUCUCUACAACCUGGACCCGUCCGACCCGGCCUACAAGAAGACCAAAGCAACGCAGAGCCUCCUAGAGGAGAAACAGAGACGCAGAGAGGAGCGACAGCACAGCCAGGAGGAGGCGCUGAAGAGCAGAGCCCUGCAGGACAAGCAUGGAGCAGAGGCGCCCUCAUCCUCCACUAAAGUCAUGGACCCCGGUUUAUCACUGCUCGUCAAAUCCAUCAAGAACAAAACUGAACAGUUUCAAGCGCGCAAGAAACAAAAGACAAAAUGAUUCCGAUUCUGAGAGACUCGAGUCUGAAGUGGAUUCUUUAAUGGUUUUCUGGAGUCUUUGUGUGUUACUUUAGUGACUAAUUUGUGCUUGGAGACAAAAGCUUUUGAUAAUAAACAUCAUACUUUCUCCUA